AUGAAUUUUGGUGAUGAUGAAAUAUGGGUUAAUCACCCUAAAUUCGUUUGUCUUAUAGCUAAAUAAGACAAUGAGUAGAAUAAGUUAAUGAUUACAAAACAAGGGAUAAAUAGUAUUGAUAAAGAAAUAAGAGAAGAAUUUGUUGAUGAAAAAUCAAACAUUAAAGUCGAUCCAUUAGCUAAAAAAGGAGUUAGUGAUUUACUAGUAAGAUUAAAAAUUAAAAUUAGCUCUUAAAUGAAUUAAAUGAAUUUAAUUGUCUUCAUGGAAUAAGAAUGAGAUAUUCUAACAAAUUUAUUUAUACAUAAAUAGGUGCUCCAAUUUUAGUAGCCAUUAAUCCAUAUUAAUAUGUUCCUGAAUUUUAUGAUGAAAAAAUGGUAACAUUCUUUAAGAAAGAAAUGGGAAGGAUGCAUUAGUAUUCAUAUUCUAUAAAUUAGAAUUUCCAAAGAUAUUCUUUAACAAAAAUUAAGAGAUAUAGACCCUCAUCUCUAUAAAGUUGCUUAAAUGUCCUUAGAUCAACUGUUUGAAGAGUCUACAAAAACUAAUCUUAGAAUAUGCUCAAUGAUUAUAUCUGGAGAAAGUGGAUCAGGUAAAACAGAAUCAACUAAAAUUAUUCUAAAAUAUUUAGCUGCUGAAUCAUUAGGUUAGAAGUCCAAAACACCCUCUAUAGAAUAAUAAGUUUUUGCUUCUAAUCCACUUUUAGAGGCAUUUGGAAAUGCAAAAACAGCAAGAAAUGAUAAUUCUAGUAGAUUUGGAAAAUUCAUUCAUUUAUAUUUUAAUCCUGUCACCAAAAGAAUUUCUAAUGCAAAAAUUGAUAACUAUUUAUUGGAAAAAAGCAGAGUUGUUAAAUUAAGUUCAGUUGAAAGAAAUUAUCACAUUUUUUAUUAAUUAAUUGCUGCUCAAAUACCUGAACUAAGUAAGUAAUUAUAUAACCUUUAGAACUUGGAUAAGCUAAAUAGUACCAUUAUUUAAAAUAAGGAGAUCUGAAAUACAAUAAAAAUGAACUUGAGGAAUUCAAAGAAACUAGUGAUUGUAUGGAUAAAAUGAACUUUACUCACGAAGAAAAACAAUAUAUUUUUUAAGCUCUUGCUGGAAUCUUACAUUUAGGAAACAUCUCUAUAUAAGGAGAUGCAAAUAAGUCAUUCAUAAUUGAAGACUUUUCUUUGAAAGCUUCUUGUUAAUUAUUAGGACUUGAUUCUGAGGAUUUGAUUAGAAUAAUUUGCAAAGUUCAAACAGUUAUGGGAAAGGAAGUGAUUAUGAAAGAAAAUAAUAUAGAGGCAGCCAGUAGUGCAAGAGAUACACUUGUUAAGCAUAUUUAUGAGAAAUUAUUUAAUUGGUUAAUCCAAAGAGUUAAUGUAUAACUUAAAGCUUGUGGUUAAGGUUAAGUUUAAGUUCAAUAAAAUACAUCUUAGUACAUGAUUGGUAUUCUAGAUAUUUUCGGUUUUGAAAUAUUUACAGAUGAAUAAGGAAUAUAGACUAACAGUUUUGAAUAAUUAAAUAUUAAUUUUACAAAUGAAAAACUCUAAUAACAUUUUAAUUCACAUAUGUUAGAAACUGAAUAAAGUAUCAUAUUUAAUUCUAUCAAUUUUAGGUGAAUAUANGUAAGAUUAAAAUUAAAAUUAGCUCUUAAAUGAAUUAAAUGAAUUUAAUUGUCUUCAUGGAAUAAGAAUGAGAUAUUCUAACAAAUUUAUUUAUACAUAAAUAGGUGCUCCAAUUUUAGUAGCCAUUAAUCCAUAUUAAUAUGUUCCUGAAUUUUAUGAUGAAAAAAUGGUAACAUUCUUUAAGAAAGAAAUGGGAAGGAUGCAUUAGUAUUCAUAUUCUAUAAAUUAGAAUUUCCAAAGAUAUUCUUUAACAAAAAUUAAGAGAUAUAGACCCUCAUCUCUAUAAAGUUGCUUAAAUGUCCUUAGAUCAACUGUUUGAAGAGUCUACAAAAACUAAUCUUAGAAUAUGCUCAAUGAUUAUAUCUGGAGAAAGUGGAUCAGGUAAAACAGAAUCAACUAAAAUUAUUCUAAAAUAUUUAGCUGCUGAAUCAUUAGGUUAGAAGUCCAAAACACCCUCUAUAGAAUAAUAAGUUUUUGCUUCUAAUCCACUUUUAGAGGCAUUUGGAAAUGCAAAAACAGCAAGAAAUGAUAAUUCUAGUAGAUUUGGAAAAUUCAUUCAUUUAUAUUUUAAUCCUGUCACCAAAAGAAUUUCUAAUGCAAAAAUUGAUAACUAUUUAUUGGAAAAAAGCAGAGUUGUUAAAUUAAGUUCAGUUGAAAGAAAUUAUCACAUUUUUUAUUAAUUAAUUGCUGCUCAAAUACCUGAACUAAGUAAGUAAUUAUAUAACCUUUAGAACUUGGAUAAGCUAAAUAGUACCAUUAUUUAAAAUAAGGAGAUCUGAAAUACAAUAAAAAUGAACUUGAGGAAUUCAAAGAAACUAGUGAUUGUAUGGAUAAAAUGAACUUUACUCACGAAGAAAAACAAUAUAUUUUUUAAGCUCUUGCUGGAAUCUUACAUUUAGGAAACAUCUCUAUAUAAGGAGAUGCAAAUAAGUCAUUCAUAAUUGAAGACUUUUCUUUGAAAGCUUCUUGUUAAUUAUUAGGACUUGAUUCUGAGGAUUUGAUUAGAAUAAUUUGCAAAGUUCAAACAGUUAUGGGAAAGGAAGUGAUUAUGAAAGAAAAUAAUAUAGAGGCAGCCAGUAGUGCAAGAGAUACACUUGUUAAGCAUAUUUAUGAGAAAUUAUUUAAUUGGUUAAUCCAAAGAGUUAAUGUAUAACUUAAAGCUUGUGGUUAAGGUUAAGUUUAAGUUCAAUAAAAUACAUCUUAGUACAUGAUUGGUAUUCUAGAUAUUUUCGGUUUUGAAAUAUUUACAGAUGAAUAAGGAAUAUAGACUAACAGUUUUGAAUAAUUAAAUAUUAAUUUUACAAAUGAAAAACUCUAAUAACAUUUUAAUUCACAUAUGUUAGAAACUGAAUAAAGUAUCAUAUUUAAUUCUAUCAAUUUUAGGUGAAUAUAAUAUGGAAAGAAUAUAAUGGAAUCACAUUAAAUUUCCUGAUAACAAAUAAAUUAUUGAUGUAAUCGAGAAUUCAACUCUGUCCAUAUUUAAGUUACUUAUUGAUUAAACUAUUGCCCCUAAAGGUAAUGAUAGAGAAUUUAGUAAUUCAUUUAAAAAAUUACCAAGAGAUUGUGUUUUCAAUGUCUAAGACUUAUUGACUUAGGAUUCAGAUAUCAAAGUAGAUAAAAAGCAUAAAACUGCUAAAUUUGAUUGGUUUGGAAUCAAACAUUUUGCUGGAUAUGUCAUUUAUAAUGUCUCUGGAUUUAUUGAUAAAAAUAAAGACACUAUCAAUCAAGAAGUUCAUCAAGUCUUGCCAACGAGCAAAAAUCCUAUUCUUAGAGAAAUCUGGAAAAGUCAUCAAAUUACAAAUACAAAUAUUAAAUAGAAUAAUGUCAUAACUAGAUUUUAAAGCUCACUUUAAGAAUUACUUGAAAUACUUAAUAAUUCACUUCCUAAAUACAUUAGAUGUAUUAAGCCUAAUAAUACUAAAUCUGCCUUUGAAUUUGACGCUUAAGAAGUAAGAAGAUAAAUGAGAUGUGCUGGUUUAUUAGAAGCAAUCUAAAUUAGAAAGGCUGGGUAUGAAAUUCGACUUUACCACAAUGAUUUUAUGAAGAAAUAUAGAUUUCUGAUUAAAGGUAAACCUACAAAUAUUAAUCAAAUGAUUAUAUUAUUGAACUAAAAUUAAAUAGUUAAAGAAAAAUUACAGAAAGAAUUAGAAGCCAAAAAUCUUUAGAUUGGAACAACUAAAAUUUUUAUGAAAGAAGGAUUAAGAGAUUUCUUAGAUUAACAGCUAGUAGAAUUUAGAAUGCAAUAUAUAAUUAAAAUUUAAAAAUCUGGUAAAAAAUACAUUUACAAAAAAACUAUUUUUUUGAAACUUAAAAUGCUUUUGUAAAGGUAUCAUAAAUUAUAAAGAUCAUGUAAAUGGUAUGUAUAUAAAGUUGUGUUUUUGGUAAAAAGAAUUAAAAGGAGGAAAAUACUCAACCCCUUUAUUUAAAAAAUUAAAAAAUUUGAAAAGAAAAUAGUAGAAUUGUUUGCCUUCUAAAAAUUACAUGAAUAUGCCACUUUUUUAAUAUAGAGAGAUGCUGAAAUUUAGAGAUAAUAAUAAGAGCUAGAGAAAGAAUUAUAGAUUGAAAGUUCUGGAGAAAUUAAUAAAUCAGUCAUAAUAUCUUAAAAAUUAGUUGAAGAAGAUUUAAGUAUUAGUUUAUCUUAACCAAUUUAAUCUUUUAAUAUCAAAACAUUCACUAAACCUGACCCAGUAAGCAAUUCCGCUUCACAUGAUAUGUUUAAAAAGGCUCUGGAUGAGGCAAAAUUAAAAUUAAAAUUAGAAUAAGAUAAAAGAAGAGAUUUGGAAGAUUAGGUAGAAAAAUUAUAAAAUGAUCUAAAAUAAUUUGAAUCCUCAGGUAGAGAAACUUUAAAUCCUUCUGCAUUUGGAUAAUUAGAAGACAUAAUUACUUUAUAAAAAUUAACAGAAGAAAAGACAAGGUUGGAAGUUUAAGUAGAAUAAUUAUAAUUUGAGAAAAAAAAAAUUGAAAAAUCUGUACUCUAUUCAUAUUAUAUUUUAGAGUUUUGAUUAAAUUUAAAAUUUAAGCCUCUAAUUAGCUCAUGCCUAACAGUGUAUAAAAGAAUUAGAGCACAAUAAUGAAGUUUUAACUUAGGAUUAUUUAAAUGAAGUUAAAGCUAAUCAAGAAAUUGAGGAAAAGUUGAAAGAUGAAUGGAAUUAAGAAAGAAGACAAUUGGCUAGAGAAUUAGAGGAUUCUAAAAAGGCUUUAUCUAAUUAAAAUAAAAUUGCUUAAAAAGAUAUUUAAAGAAUUAAAAUGGAAUAUGAGAGAGAAAAAUUGAGGGUAGCUGAAUUAGAAAGUGAAGUUUUAAAAGCUAAAUAAAUUAGCGAACUAUAUAAAUCUUAGUUAGAAUAAAAUGAUUCAAACAUUAAAGAUCAUAAAGGGAAUGAACAUGAACUAUAAUUAAAAGAUUUAUAAAUUAGGGAUUUAUAAGUUGAAAUUUAAAAAAGGGAUCAAAUAAUAUCCUAAUUGAAUAAUCAAAUCAAACAAUACAAUACUAGAUCUCUUACUCAAUCUUAAGUUAUCAGUUAAAUUAAUGAUACUACUGAAGUAACUUAAGAACUAAAUGAAAAAAUCAUAACAUUAUCAGCUACUUUAAAAAAAAGAGAAUUUGAAUAAAGUAGAAAUAAAAAGCUUAUACAUACAAUGAAUCAUCUUGUUAAGCUGAAAAUUAUUGAAGUUAAUGCUCUUCAUAAGCAUUUUAAUAUUGUGCAUGAAUAAUAAAAACAAGUAUUAUAUUCAUUUUAUUAAGGAAAUUUAUCAGCCAAUAGCUUAAAUUAUGGAAAAAGAAAAAAUAUUGAUGAAAUAAUUUGAAGAACUAGUUAAAUAGAUGAAUUAAGAAUCGACAGAACAUGCAGAAAAUUAAUAAAAAAAUGGAUGA